GUCCGUCUGAAACUCCGAAGACGAAGGAAACCAAAGCAGUAUAAAACCUGCUUUCUUUCAGCGAUAACUGCGAAGACAUAAUUAAAUAGAAAAAUGUUCGCUGCGCGUCAAAUCGCGUCUCGGGUAUUCCAACAAUCGGUCCGCCGCUACCACGCGGGCGACUUCAAGGCGCCCACCAUGGAGGAGCUGCCGGUGCCGCGCGGCUCGUGGCAGGCAAACCACGACGCCAAGCAGCGCAAGUACAAUGCCGUGCUCAUUGCCGGCAUCGCCUUCACCGCUGGAACCUUAGUGCUGGCUAAGGCUUCAGGUCUGGUGUACCUCAACUACUCGCCCCCGGCGUCCCUGGACUAAACUGUUCACUUCACAUUAGCGUAAUCAAUACAAUACCUACAGUAAAUCAACUAAUAAAUAUUUAGUUAACCAAA